UGCGUUAGUCGUUAAUGGAACGGGUUUGAUCAGAGUCAGAUGUAAAGUGUACUUGUACAUUACGAAAGAUGUCUGAUUAGUAACAGACACGUUGCAAAUUUGCAAUUCACGACCGAAUCAAAAACGGUCUAACAAGUGUACCGAUCGGGAUAAGGUCGAAAUCAGACAAAGACACGUGAUGCACGUAUCUUGGACGUACAAAGGCGUGUAAACGCGUGUAAGGCGUAUACUGUGAUAUACCGGAAGUGUCAGAAAUACGUGAAGCGGCUAACAUUGAGCACUGGAAAAAUGCCGUCGACAUCAUUGCAGGCGAGAAAGGGGUACGGAGCGAAACAUUCCCCUACUACACAGUAUACACAAUACCAUAUUACCAUGAAUAUGGAUCAACCAGAAUUUGCAAUUAAGGAGGAAAGUCAUAAUUCUAUUAAAAAUGAAAAUGACAUUUAUUUUGAUAUUCCUCUUUUAAGUUCUGUAAAAGAAGAAGUUGUCCGGUGUGUUGAUAAUGGUAACGGUGAUCAACUUUUUCUUAUUGACAACAGUAUUAAUAAUAAUGUAGAAAGAUCGGAAAAAUAUACAAGAGAAAAUUGUCAAGUAAAAACCGAAAUUUGUGUAUUAAAUAACCUAGAAUCUGAUAGUCAUUCCUUUAAAGCAGAACCUGAAGAUUUAGAUAGUAGUUUUCAACCAUAUGGUACUGAUGAAACUGAUAAAUUUAAAUUAGAAAUAGAAUACAAUGAUAAAACAAUUAUAAUUGAAAAAGAAACACUUGAAGAUACUGUAUUUGAGAGUGAAAUUGUUAUUGAGAAAAAUCAAAUACUUUCAAUUUUGAAUGAAGAAAAAUAUAAUGCUGAUUAUUAUUCUGAGUUUGCUGAUUUACCAAGAACAAUUCAUAAAGAUUUAAUUAAUUCUAAUAAUAAAUCCAAUAAAAAUGCGAGUAAAAGUGAAAAACACAGCUAUAUUUGUGAUUUAUGUCAUAAACCAUUUAUCAAUAAAAAAUUAUUAACUUUUCAUAUAAAAUGUCAUUUUCCUAACAUUGAUUAUUGCCCAGAUAAUAAUUUCAAAAGAUUUCGUUCAAAAAAUACUAAAUGUAAACAAUUAAAAAAAUGUAAAGAAAAAGAAAAAAAAAUAUUUGUCUGUAAAAUUUGUUGCAAAGAAUUCAAUGAUCCGUCUAAUUUUCGAAGACAUACACUAAAUCAUAUUAAUACGAAUAAAUUGAAAUGUCACUUUUGUCAGAAACAAUUCACUGUUGAAUACAAUCUUAGAGUUCAUAUUAGAUUACACACUGGUGAAUUCCCAUAUAAAUGUGACGUUUGUCAUUUAACAUUUUAUCGUAAUGACAUUAUGUUAACACACAGAAAAAUUCAUGAAGAAAAUCGCAAAAUAUAUGAUUGUAAGGAUUGCCACAAACAAUUUUCUUAUAAAAACACAUUAUUGCGUCAUGCUAAAAUUCAUCAAAUGGAAAAUUUAUUUUAUUCGUGCUAUCAUUGUCAACAAUCAUUUACAAGAAAAGAUGUACUUACUGUUCAUUUAAGAUCAAAACAUACUGGUGAGAAGCCGUACAAAUGUCGAAUUUGUAAGAAAGAUUUUUUUGAAAACAGUGUCCUGGUACGUCAUAUGAUGAUACACAAUAAGAAAAAGUGUACAAUGGGAUUUAAGAAUAUAAUAAUAGCUGUAUUAAUAACAGCAAGUAUAUUUGCAAUGGUAACAGAUGUCUGUGGUAAACGUGGCCGUGGGAGAAGUAGAUCAAAGAGCAGGGUGCAAAUUGGAUUACCUAUUACAGGAAAAUACAGAGACCCAGAAUCUGACCAAUACUACAAUCAUAAUGAUGGAGCUAAAAUAGUCAUGGCAUCACAUUUUGAUUAUGAGUAUGUACUUGGGCAUAAAAUAGUAUUUGUUUGUGUAGCCAGAGGAAAUCCUAGACCUCAAAUCACUUGGUAUAAAGAUGGUACUGAAUUGUACUAUCAUUAUAAUCACCAUGUGCAUGAAUGGAAUAUUGCCGAAGAUAGUAUUAAAUCUAAAUUAGAAAUCGACCCAGGAACACAAAUGGAUGCUGGUGUGUACGAGUGUUCAGCUGACAACAAAUACAGUAUAGACCGAAGAAGUUUCAAAACAGAUUUCAGUAUAGCAUUUGAAUCAUAGUAAAAAAUAAUAAUAAAUAGAUGUGUAUCUUAAAUAAAAUAAUUUUUCUUGAUUAA